CAGAAAAGAAGCGCUUCUGCUCCUCUUCAUCAUUCCUCUUCUUCUGUGUUUCUGCUACAGCAUGGAUGACCCCAAAGGACGGACCUCCACACCGUCUCCUGACCCGGUCUUCUCCUCUGAUCCGGGUUACAGCGCUGGACUCGCAGGGGCGUUUCUGAGCGACAGGCUUCCUUUGGGAGUGAACGAGGCGAGCGGCGGCGGCGCGGCACCGUACGCGGAAUGUCGCCUGGUGGAAGUUCACGGAGUGAAGGUGGCCUCCUUCACAGUGGACGGCGCGGAGCUGAUCUGCCUGCCGCAGGUUUUCCAGCUGUUCCUGAGGCACCUGGUGGGGGGGCUGCACACCGUCUACACCAAGCUGAAGCGCCUGCGCAUCAACCCGGUGGUCUGUACCGUAGAGCAGGUGCGCGUCCUGCGCGGCCUCGGAGCGAUCCAGCCCGGAGUGAACCGCUGCAAGCUCAUCAGCAGGACCGACUUUGAGGCUCUGUACCGGGACUGCACCAGCCCCAGCUCUCGCCCGGGUCGUCCCCCAAAGAGAAGUCUGGGUUUCAUCAGUAGCAGCUCCAGGCUCCUCCCACAUGGCCUUCUCAGCCCAGCCCUCCUGUCUCAGAGCAGUCUGACAGCAGUGAUGGCUGAAGCUCUGAGGAUACACAAGAUGAGGAAGAUGAUCAUGCAUUUCCAUGGCAACGUUAACCAAAGUGAAGCCAACUCAGAGAACAACAACACAGGGGGCAAUGAAGGAUCAUGGGAAAGGGAACAGCGCCUCCUUUCUCCUUCUUCCUUAGCUGCAACACCCCCUGCUGGCUCGGUUUGUCUCAGGGCUCUGCAGCAGCACAGCCGUAUAACAGAUCUUCCUUUUAUGGUUAUGCCACAUCCUCUCCUUCCUGUGGGCCUGCCCCCUGCUGGUGUAGCCAUGGAGAUGACUCCGUUGACCCAGCUGAGCGGUCCAGCGAACCUGCAGGAUGAUUCACAGACAGACGACAAGGGGCCUCCUGCAGGAAGCCCCUCCCCCAGUGAUCAAGGGCUCCAGCUUCAGGAACCAACCAGUCGGUUGCCUUCCGGAGCAUCUUCACCUUCACCUUCAUCUCCUCCUCCUCCAGAACACCCACCAGAACCAGGUGACACCACUUGGCCCCUCCCCCUUCACAAACCAGCCAAUGACAAAAUAGCACCCACCCAGCUGCCAUCAUUCAGGCGCUUCAGCAACUCCUUAGCUCCUCUCCUAUUGUCUGAAGGCCUGUCCUCCAUGGAGACGCUGCUGACCAACAUACAAGGUCUCCUGAAAAUGGCAGCAGAGAGCGCCCGCUCCCAGAGCAAAAGGAGUCAAACGGAGCGCAGAGAGUUAGAACUGGAGCUGGACAAAGAACGAGAUGUCAGACAGACUCUGCAGAGACAGCUGAGCUGUGAGCUUCAGACACAAGUGUCGAUGCAGAGGAGGCUGAAGAAGGAGAAGAAAGCAAAGAGGAAACUGCAGGAGGCUCUGGACCUGGAAUCAGGGAAGAGAGAAAAGGUGGAGCGGUCUCUGAAGACUUAUGAAGGACCAACAGAGAACCCAGUCUUCAUCAAGCCUCCUCUUCUUUUCUGAAUGAUCUCUGCCUGGAGGACGGAAGGACAAACAGACACACCGAUGGACGGAUGUAGAGAGAAAAUUGCACCUAAACUCUAAAAGGACUCAGUUUCCCAUCAUUCCUCCUAGCAGCUUGUCUCUGUGGCUGAACUGCUGAGGAACAGGUGUUACUCCCUGUUGGGCUGGAGCAUGACCUGGCUGUUUGAAGUGACACCACUGCUGUGUCACUUCAACCCUUCCACCCUAACCCCUCCAUCC